UGAAAACAGUAUCCUACACUAUAGCGACACUUGGGAGUUGGGUCCAUUGAAACACCACAAUGGCUGCAACAUUCAUCUCUCGCAUCUCUCUUCUUCAACUAAACCCUUCUCUUUCUCUUACACCCCAUCACUCUCCAUUAACCCACCAACAACAAUUUCCCUCAAAUUUACGUUUUGUGGCUAAAAGGGCGAAAGGGGUUGUACUAAAAGCUUCUUCAGGUGUAUUGGAAGUCAAUUCCAAGCAACCCUUUUCAGUUGAAAAAUCUAAUGAUCCAAUUGUUGUUAUUGAUAACUAUGAUAGCUUUACGUAUAAUCUUUGUCAGUAUAUGGGAGAGUUAGGAUUUCACUUUGAGGUCUACCGAAACGAUGAGUUGACGGUGGAGGAGUUGAAAAGAAAAAAUCCAAGAGGAGUGCUGAUAUCACCUGGGCCAGGAACACCUCAAGAUUCAGGCAUAUCUUUGCAAACAGUUUUGGAACUUGGACCAACUGUACCUGUGUUUGGUGUGUGCAUGGGGUUGCAGUGCAUGGGAGAGGCUUUCGGCGGGAAAAUCAUUCGCUCUCCUUCUGGUGUGAUGCAUGGAAAAAGUUCUCUGGUUUAUUAUGACGAGAAAGGAGAAGAUGGAUUACUUGCUGGACUACCAAAUCCUUUCUUGGCUGGAAGAUAUCACAGCCUUGUAAUUGAAAAGGAGAGCUUUCCUCAUGAUGAACUUGAGGUAACAGCAUGGACUGAAGAUGGUCUCAUAAUGGCUGCUCGCCACAAGAAAUAUCGGCAUUUGCAGGACACAGACACGUAUCAGACAGCGAAUAUGUCUUCAAUUUUGAAGUGACGAUACUGCGUAGUUAAUGAACAAUUUUAUCACGAGGGUGUUCAGUUUCAUCCAGAGAGCAUUAUAACCCCUGAAGGCAUGACAAUUGUCCAUAACUUUGUGAAGCUUAUAGAGAAAAGGGAGGCUGCUAGUUCUUGAAACAAUGCUGAAUGCUUAAAAUAGUUUGAAGUUAUAUGUAAACCAAAAUAGAAUUAAUAAAAGAAAUAAUUAUUUUGGUAACCUAUUUGUCAACUAGUUUAAAAUUUUGAAGCAAAACAUGGCAGGGAAAAUAAUCUUGGCUGAUACAUAGGAUUUCCCUGAAACCUAUAGGAAUUAUUGAAGUGUAUGUUGCUUCUCAUGUUUGUGAUAAUUUUUUAGUAGUUCUUAGUUA